AUAAAAAUUACACCGGAACAAUUGACAUUUAUGAAGAUUAUUAUUAUCACAAUUAUAUGUAAUAUUUGUUAUUAAAUUAUAUGGAGGACAUGUGUAUGUAGAAAAAUAUAUAAUUACAUAUGAGCAAAGUGAUUUAUUGUGGGAAUUUUAAAUGCGUAUAUUUUAAUGUCUUCUUGUAUGGGUAUAAUUUGCGGAAAGAAGAAAUAAAUAAAUAUGUAUUAUGGAUAUGCAUACUUAUAUAUGUAUGAGAAACAAUGGGGAGUUUUUAUUAGCCCACGUGUUACAGGAAUUGUGAAAGUAUCAAGGAAUUAUUGUAAGGUUGUGUAUAUUUUGUCACGUGAUUUCUCGGGAGAUGACUAAUAAUUACAUAAAAAUGUACAUAAAUCUCGUUCUGAAGAAAUACUUAUACAGAGAAAGAAAGAAGGAAGGAAAGGCAUAAAAAAAUAAAAAUAUUUUUUCCCAUUUGAAGAAUCUUAGAAAUUCAAAAUCUGAGAAUCAAUUUUUAAAAGAAUUUUAAAAAAACAGUUUGCCAUCUUACAUCAUAAUCCUUUCUGAGAAGUUAAAUAAACAAAAGAUAGGUGAUUUAACAUGUGAAUAGACUGUUGUUGUCCAUCAGUGAGUCGAUAUUAAUGUAGAGAAUAAUAAAAAGAGCAUACAAGAAGCUAAAGAUGAAGAAUUAAAAUAAGAGGCAGAAGAUGAUGAAGAAGAAAAAUACCAAGAAGAUAAUAUAUAUAAAAGAGUAGAGACUAGUUUUGAGAGGAGCAUUGUAAGGCCCGUGGUUUGGCUGUUGGACGCAUCUGUCGAGACGUCCAUUGAGAGAUUUCGUGGAAGUUGAAAACCGGAGGGAAGCCUUUAUUCAAAUCAGGCCCACAUCUGCUGCUCUUAAGAGUAGGAUAGUUAUUUCUCACACACUUUUCUACUACAUUUUACAUAUAUAACAUAUAUGGAAUUAUAGUAUCUAUAUAUAUAUAUAUACAUGUAGGACGCAUAUAUACUUGUAGUGAUGACUAAAACAACUAAACCGAACCCUGCGAGAUCUAUACGCAUAUCGACAAUAAAUAACUGUUUAAAUUAAACAAGAGAAAGACUGUCAAAUAAAUCACACUCUAACGAGAAAAGAGCAAAAAUAAAAGAGUAAAAAAAACCGGGGUAUAGACGAGUAUGAAAUGUAGCCAAAAAUAAAUACGUGAUUAAUGUACACACGUGAAUUCUUGAAAACGCCAGAGGGCUGACAGGUUGUUGCAUUGCAUGUAAUGGUAAGAGCGUACAAAGAAUGGAAGAGGAUGUGAUGGAAACAGGCUAAUUACUCAGAACAAGUAAUCAAACCAUAUAAGUAUAAGUGCAUCAAAAACCAAUUUCGACUGAAACAUCUGCCGUUUCUUUUUUCCUUUGUACGGGUUUUUACUUUUAUUUUUAUUGUUAUUACUUUUUUUUAAAUGUACUUAACAUAUAUCACGCGCUCGCGAUAAUGCCACAGCUGGACUGUGAAUGCAGUUCGUACCAUACGAUGUUUAAUUCGACAUUUCUCAAAAAUUAAACUACUCCCUCUAAAUAAAAGCUGUGUACCUGGAACAGUUUAUUCAGGGAAACAAAACGCGUGAACACCCGGCUAAGAGUUUGGAGUGAGUUGGGUAGUGACAUCCUGCAGGCUGCAGCUUUUAAAAUUUCCGAGAAAAUUCAUAUUAAUCAUCUGCGUUUUUAAAUUUUAAAUAUAUGAAUUAUACUUGCCAGUGCACGAUAACAAUAUUUUUGAGUAUUUUUAAAUACUUGAUAACUGCUACGUUUUGUUUCACGAUGGGAAAUUUCCAAAGCUUUAAAAGUAUAUUUUUAUACUGAUAAAUCAUUUAAUUUUUUUAUGAUUGCUUCAUUACGAUGAACAACAAGAGUAAAAAUAUAAUAAGUCGUAAAUGAAUGAACGAGGGAAAAGUUGUAAAAGUCAAAAAUAUAUAUCCUUUGUAAGUCUAUUGGUUCCAUUGACAUAAAAAAAUUAUUUAUCAAAUUUUAAUAGCGAUAUAACUGUUGAAAGCCAUUGAAAAAGUACAGUAGUUACUAUAACUCGGACAGAAAAAUAACUUUAUUUUGUUUAAAAUCAGUGCGAUAAAAAAUUGAGAAAAUGUCAUCCGGAAUUUCACUUUUAUUUUUGGGUGAAAUCGUUAUCUCCUUGCUAUUAUUUGUUGAUUCAUCGCUUAUGUCCAAACUUAAUGAAUAUCUCUAUCAUCAAUGUGCUGAUGACAACGAUCUUUGUAAUCCUGCUUACAAGGCACCAUGUUGUAAUCAAAGUCUAGUGUGUAAAUUGGUCGAUAGUUAUAACCAAUUUAAAUGUACUGAUAGGGCACAAUUGGGUCAAUUUUGUAAAACUGAUAACGAUUGCAAGUAUAUACCGCAUGCAGAAUGUUCAUUAAGAAAUAGAUGUGUUUGUAAGGUCAGUAUUGUCGUAGACAAUAAUGUAAUAUGUGGACUACCGUUAGGCGAGAUUUGUAAGGAUCAAGAAUCAUGUGGUCCCGAUAAUUCUAUUUGUUUUGAUAACAGAUGUGAAUGCAAUGACGGCUAUUUACCAUUAAAUAAUCGUCGUUGUUUGCCAAGCAAGUAUAUUAAUGGUUGA